ACCGCCUCAGACAGCUGAGGCUCUAAAAAAGAAGACGCGGCGUUUAUUGACCUCGUCCUUCCUGGCCGUCGUGUACAAUGGCGAAGACUUAUGAUUAUCUGUUCAAGUUGCUGCUCAUCGGUGACAGCGGGGUCGGCAAGACGUGUCUGCUGUUCCGAUUCAGCGAAGACUCCUUCAACACCACCUUCAUAUCCACCAUAGGAAUAGACUUUAAAAUCAGGACUAUAGAGCUGGAUGGAAAGAGAGUCAAACUUCAAAUAUGGGACACUGCAGGCCAGGAGAGGUUUCGAACCAUCACUACAGCUUACUACAGAGGAGCGAUGGGAAUCAUGCUCGUCUACGACAUCUCCAAUGAAAAGUCUUUUGAAAACAUUAAAAACUGGAUCAGGAAUAUAGAAGAGCACGCCUCCUCAGACGUGGAGAAGAUGGUCCUGGGGAACAAAUGUGACAUGGCGGACAGGAGACAGGUGUCCAAAGACCGAGGAGAGAAGCUGGCUAUCGACUAUGGGGUCAAGUUCUUGGAGACCAGUGCCAAGACCAGUCUAAACGUGGAGGAGGCCUUUUACAGCAUGGGGAGAGACAUCCUGCACAAUCUCAGCUCCAAGACAACGGACAACAACAAUGGCGCGUCAGGCAAGGCCAUCAAGAUGACGGAGAAAAAGUCCAAGAGGAUGAAGUUGUUGAAGUGUUCGCUCCUCUAGGUGACUAACUCAAGUGUCCGAGCGCCUUUUGCUCCUCCGGCCGGGCUGGCGUCCCUCGUCGGGCGUCAGCUGAUGUCCCGGCAAGGAGGCGGGGCCUCGCUGAGCCUCAAGGUUCAGUCCGCUGUGGGCCGGCCCGACUUGAAGACUCUCCGUGAGGAAGCGGGCUUGAAAGCCCAAACUGUGCUGGUGGCCAAUGUUUGUGUUCUAGAACACCUCCGUUUUUUUUAAAGUAGCAAACCUUCAUUUUCUUCUUGAGGGAGGGAAUCUUUGGGCGCGUAACGACUGGAUCCAAUUCUGAUUCCUGGGGUGACGAUUCCAUUGAGAAUCAAUUCUCCAUUCAAAGACUUAUUAUUUCUUAUAAUUAUAUUGACACUUUUUCAAAACACUUUACAGCUUAGAACAAAUAUUUGUGGUUGCAUGGAGAUGGCCUGAUAUUGUUUUUAUUUGAUUGAUUUAUUUCUUCAAAUCGAUUUUUGAAAAUGAUGAAUCCAUUUCAAAUCAGGAUGAAUAAGAAUCCCGAUUCAGAUCUGAAUCGAUUUUUUGUACACCUCUAGAAUAUAAUAAUAAAUUUAAAUGUAUUAUAUAUUUUCAAAUACAUAUACACGUAGCUACGAAGCAGGUGUUCAAGCGAAGGCGUACAUCAGCCAGUCUAGAGACCACGUGGCAGGACGCUCGGAGGCAAAGUAAAUGUAUUAUAAUACAUUUAAAGAUAAUAUAUCAUAUAUUAGGGGUGCACCAAAAAAAGAUAAUAUAUCAUAUAUUAGGGGUGCACCAAAAAAAGAUAAUAUAUCAUAUAUUAGGGGUGCACCA